GUCAGGCGAGAGAGACACAGGUGGCUUCGCUCUGUCCUUUUUCUCCUGUGAGAAUUGAAACAGGCCAAGAAAAUGGACAGCAGAAAAGCCGACGGAAGUUUGGUUUCAUAUAUGGACAUAUAGAAGUGUGUUCACACAGAGAGGCGGGAGAAAGGAUAGAAUGGGAAAUCAGAAGCAGAAGUGGACGGCGGAGGAGGAGGAGGCGCUGCUGGCGGGAGUUGCCAAGCACGGCCCGGGAAAGUGGAAGAAUAUCCUCAAGGAUCCUGAUUUCGCGCCUUCCCUCACUAAUCGAUCGAACAUUGACCUCAAGGACAAAUGGAGAAACUUAAGUGUCAGCACUGGCGGGUCAGGCUCUAAAGACAAGUCGAAGACACCUAAAGUAAAAGCUGUUGUUGCAGCAGCAGCAGCUGCUGCUGCGGCUGCUGGCACUGCUACUGCUGCUGGCACUGCUACUGCAGUUCCCGGUGCUCCAAAUUUGGCUCCAUCAGCUUCAGUUGCUCAUAAUGCAUCUUCUGGUACUGCCAUGGAUGAUCCUUCAAACAGCAUCGAUGGGAAUAAUGCUCCUAGGUAUAAUGCCAUGAUUUUUGAAGCUCUUUCAACCACAAAAGAUAAAAAUGGAGCUGAUAUUGGUGCCAUUGUUGACUACAUUGAGCAAAGACAGGAGGUACCACCAAAUUUUAGAAGGUCGAUAAGUUCAAGAUUGAGAAGACUUGUUGCUCAAGGCAAACUUGAAAAGGUAGAAAAUUGCUACAAGAUCAGAAAUGAUGCCUCAUUGGUGACAAAAACACCUACCCCAAAACAAAAAGAUGUCAGGGCACAAAGACCCCAGAGUUUAGGGUCAAUGGCAUCUGGUGAUAUGGUGGAGGAAGCAGCAAUGGCUGCAGCCUAUAAAGUUGCUGAAGCUGAAAACAAAUCAUUUUUGGCUGCUGAAGCAGUUAAGGAAGCAGAACGUGUCUCGAAGAUGGCAGAAGAUGCUGAUUCAACGCUACAGAUAGUGAAACAACUCUACGAGCAAUGUUCUAAUGGGGAAGCUGUUAUCUUGGCGUGACUUUGUAGAUUGUAAGUGGUAAAAUCUUUUAAAUUUUGCAACCUGUUUGUAAAUUUCUUGGUCCAGGGGGAGCAGUUGACAUUUGUGAAGUUGCUUUAGGAAAUCAUGUCUACCGAAAUUAACGACAGGUAUGAUCAAUUAAUCUUGAUUUGUUGAGGAGGAA